AUGCACCCCAUGCAUCCGGUCACCGUCGACGUCCCUGCCGCCCGGACCGCCCGAGCCCGGCUCUUGUCUCCCUCGGUGCCCAUCAUUGCCUCAUUGACACCCUCGAUUCCCUCGGUUCGCCGAAGCUCCGAAGGGAACCCCGCCCGCGACCCGGUCGAGACCGCCAUGGACUCUCAGCCCGGGGCACACUCGUAUAAGUCCUCUCUCGGCCGCCCUCCCCCGCAUGCGGAUCGACCUCGUCCCAACGUCACCGACGCUCGCCUCCCUCGUCGGAAUCGCCGCGGCGCCGUGACGGUCACGGCCCAAGGCUUCGCUCCGUCGCAGCCCGGGCCCGGGGCCCCGAGCCCCUCCUCCUCCCCGCUUGAUCCCUGGCCUCUCCUCCAGGCCAUGCCAUCCGACGCCGACCGUCGCCAAGAGGGGAGGACGUGA